AUGUCAGCCAAGGGAGCGAACGGCAAGCAAGAUGACAAGCUACGAGCGAUACGAAUGCCAGACGGCGACCCCGCCCAGUUUGAAGGCAAGGGCUACGUCGAGAUUGUAGACCAGCUCUUGCUGCCCCACCAUAUCGAGUGGAUCAAGAUCACCUCUGCUGAACAAGCCUGGCACGCCAUCAGGUCGAUGCAGAUCAGAGGAGCGCCCGCCAUUGCAUCACUCGCAGCACUCGGACUCGCCCUCGACCUGCUUCGCCUUGCCCGCCAUCAAGGCUUGGCAGACGAACACACCUACGGCAAGACCGGCUCGCCAAGCAGCGAUGAUGCCUCUGCAAGACUUAUCGCAGAGACAGACAGACUCUGCGACUAUUUGCUUUCCUCGCGACCGACGGCCGUCAACUUAUCUGCUGCUAUCAAGCUCAUACGCAGAGUGACGCAAGCGAACAAGUCUGAACCAGCUGAACAGCUAGUGCAAGCUAUCGUCAAGACGUGCAAAUCGGUCUGGCAAGAUGACAUUGCGCGCAACGUGUGGAUAGGCAUGAACGGCGCCCGCUGGCUGCUCGAGACGCUGGAGCGCGAAGGUUCGCUCAAACCAGACGAAUCGGUCAACGUGUUGACCGUCUGUAACACUGGCUCGCUGGCUACCUCGGAUUAUGGCACUGCUCUCGGCGUCAUCACUGCGCUUCACGAGCUAGGCAGACUAGAGCACGCCUUUUAUGCUCAGACGGCACCGUACCAACAGGGUGCUCGUCUGACAUCCCUCGAGCUGCUAUCCUUGGGUAUACCGGCGACGAUGGUGCCCGAUACGGCGAUUGCCGCCCUGUUGGCAGGCAAGAAAGAGGGAACACCGCGCAUUCACUGCUUCGUCGCAGGUGCAGAUCGGAUCGCAGCAAACGGCGAUACAGCCAACAAGAUCUCAACGUAUCAGAUCUCCUUGCUCUGUCAUCACGUUGCUUCGGAGCAAGCCAGGCCCAAAGUCAUCAUCGCCGCACCGCUCACGACGAUAGAUAUGGAGAUGCAAGACGGCACGGGCAUCGUCAUAGAGCAGAGACCCCAAGAAGAAGCAAAGACUGUCAGCGGCGUGCUUCGCGACGGUCAAUCGAGCGGCAAGGUCGUCAAGGUCAUGUUCACGCCAGAAGCAGCCUCGGUCUGGAACCCUGCGUUCGACGUCACGCCUGCUGGCCUCAUUGAUGCCAUAUCGACAGAGGUCAGGUGUCUUGCCAGCCAAGAUGGCGCAUUCCAGCUCGGGACGCUCUCUUGA